CGGAGACUAUAAACUCGAGCAAGUCAAGCACUCAACUUACGUCAAUACUGAGAAUCUCAGGGGACCCCGGACCCACUCGAAUUUUGCCCAAGUGGUCAAAAGCUACCCACUUCGCACGCUAUUCCCCGAUUCUCGUCAGUCGUCACCAUUAUUCAAUCGAGCCUACGGACAUUCAGAGUCGCGCAGCGACAGUGCACGCGACUUGAAGAAAACACACGCUCUCGCGCUCCGCUUUGGACGACGGUCGGUCCGACUGCGAAGCCGAUCAUCCCACACUGCCAGUAGCAUGGACGGCGCUGGCGGAAGUUCUCCACCGUCUGAUCAGGGCGGUUCGUCUACCGACCGGGUCAAGUCCGGUCAUGGAGCUUCGAAGCCGGAGAAAGACCCGAGGAAGGACGCCAGAAAGUAUCAAUUGGACCUGUGCAAGAAAGCUUUGGAGGAGAACGUAAUUGUGUAUCUAGGGACUGGUUGUGGGAAAACCCGCAUAGCGGUCAUGCUUAUAUACGAGAUGCGCCACUUGAUCCGCAAACCCCAAAAGAGCGUAUGCGUGUUUCUUGCACCCACAGUGGCUCUGGUUCAACAGCAAGCUAGGGUUAUAGAAGAUUCCCUUGGUUUCGAUGUUGGGAUUUAUUGUGGAGGCUCUAACCAAUUGAAGUAUCACCAAGACUGGGAAAAAGAGAUUGAACAAUAUGAGGUUUUUGUUAUGAUCCCUGAAGUACUGCUACGAAACUUAUGUCACUGUUUCAUUAAGAUGGAGUCAAUUUCUUUGUUGAUAUUUGAUGAAUGUCAUCAUGCUCAAGUCCAAAGCAACCAUGCCUAUGCAGAAAUUAUGAAAUUGUUUUACGAUGCUAAUACCACAAAACGUCCUCGUAUAUUUGGCAUGACGGCAUCUCCAGUUGUAGGGAAAGGUGCUUCGAGUCGGGAAAACUUAUCAAAAUGCAUCAAUAGUCUUGAAAGUAUACUUGAUGCUAAGGUUUAUUCAGUUGAUAAGAAAGAAUUGGAUUGUUUUGUCUCAUCUCCUGUCAUCACAGUGUAUGAUUAUGGUCCAGUUAUAAGCGACGCAUCCAGCCCCUAUAUCACUUACUACACUAAACUUGAGCAGAUGAAACACCAGUGUAUAGCAGAACUUGGUAAGAAGACAAAUGAUCACCAAAGUCUAAGGAGUACAAAGAAACUGUUGAACAGAAUGCAUGAAAGUAUACGGUUUUGCUUGGAAAAUCUUGGCCUUUGGGGAGCAUUAAAAGCUAGUCAUGUUCUUUUGAGUGGCGAUCACUUGGAAAGGAGUGAACUAAUAGAGGAGGAAGGAAAUAAUGGUGAUGAUUCUCUAUGUGUUAGAUAUCUGACUCAGGUUGAUGGCAUCCUUACUACUGACUGCUUAAAAGAUUCCAUUGCUGAUGAUCUAUCUUCUAUAGAUAUUUUAAAGGAGCCAUUUUUCUCAAGAAAGCUCUUACGUCUUAUUGGAGUUCUUUCAUCCUUUAGGUUGCAACAAAAUAUGAAAUGCAUAAUUUUUGUCAAUAGAAUUGUUACUGCGAGUUCCUUGUCUUACAUACUACAACGCCUCAAGUUUCUAGCAUCUUGGAAGUGUGAUUUUCUUGUAGGAGUCAACUCUAGACUGAUGAAUAUGUCAAGGAAGAAGAUGAAAAUCAUUCUUGAUAAGUUCCGAUCUGGAGAGUUGAAUCUAUUGGUUGCAACUAAAGUUGGUGAAGAAGGACUAGAUAUUCAGACGUGCUGCCUUGUGAUACGAUUUGAUCUUCCAGAAACUGUUGCUAGCUUUAUACAAUCACGAGGUCGUGCACGGAUGCCUCAGUCUGAAUAUGCAUUUUUGGUAAACAGUGGCAACCAGAAAGAGAGAGAUUUAAUAGAAACCUUCAGACAAGAUGAAGCUCACAUGAACAUGGAAAUUGCUUUCAGAACAUCCAGUGAGACAUUUGUUGGUUCGGCGGAUAGGGUGUAUAAAGUCGAUUCUUCUGGUGCUUCCAUCAGUUCUGGAUAUAGCAUCUCAUUGUUACACAAGUAUUGUUCAAAGCUUCCACAUGAUGAGUACUUUGACCCCAAUCCAAAGUUCUUUUUUUUCGAUGACUUGGGGGGAACUGUUUGUCAGAUAAUUUUACCUUCCAAUGCGCCAAUCCAUCAAAUUGUCGGAACACAACAAUCUUCGAUGGAAGAUGCCAAAAAAGAUGUUUGUCUAAAGGCCAUUGAAGAAUUGCAUAAAUUAGGUGCCUUAAAUGACUUUCUCUUACCACAGCAAGACAAUGCAAAUGAGGUGGAGUUGGUGUCUUCUGAUUCUGACAGUACCGAAGAUGAGGAUCCAAGAGGAGAACUACAUGAAAUGCUAGUUCCUGAUGCACUAAAAGAGCCAUGGAGUAGUUCGGAGGACCUUGUUUCCCUCAGCUCAUACUAUAUAAAAUUUAACCCUGUUCCUGAGGACAGGAUCUAUAGAAGCUUUGGUCUAUUUGUUAAGGCUCCUCUCCCAGUUGAAGCCGAAACAAUGGAACUUGAUCUUCAUCUCGCUCAUAGUAGAUCUGUGAUUACAAAGUUGGUCCCUUCAGGAUUUGCCAAUUUUGGCAAAGAUGAGAUCGUGCUGGCACAAAAUUUUCAAGAAAUGUUCCUCAAGCUCGUCCUUGACCGAAUGAAAUUUGUUUCUGAUUAUGUUCCAUUGGGAAGGCAUGAUAGAUCAAGCUCAUCAACCUUCUACCUGUUGCUUCCAGUAAUGUUGGGUAACGAUGAUAAGAUAGCAAGCAUUGAUUGGGGGACUAUCAGAAAAUGUUUAUCAUCCCCAGUGUUCAGGGCUCCAGGAGAUGCUACAGAGAAAGUUCCUUCUUUGGAUAUUCGGCUUGCAUCAGGUUACAAAAGCAUAAGGGAUAUUCAGAAUAGUUUAGUCUAUGUCCCAUAUAAGAAAUCAUUUUACUUCAUCACUGAUGUUGUUCGAGAAAAGAAUGGCUACAGCCAAUAUAAAAACUCAGGCACUUUAACCUAUGUGGACCAUUUAAUUCAAAAAUUUGGCAUUCACCUUAAAUACCCUGAGCAACAGCUUCUGCAUGCCAAACCACUUUUCUCUUUACACAACUUGCUACACAACCGAAGGCAAGAAGAUUCGGGACCGACACAACUAGAGGAGUAUUUUAUUAGCUUGCCACCUGAGCUUUGCGAGUUGAAGGUAAUAGGAUUUUCCAAAGAUAUUGGGAGUUCAAUAUCUUUGUUACCAUCACUCAUGCACCGGCUGGAAAACCUGCUUGUCGCCAUCGAACUGAAGCAUGUAUUAGCUGCUUCAUUCCCAGAGGGAGGUGCGGUUACUGCCAAGAGAGUUCUAGAGGCACUCACAACUGAGAAGUGCCAGGAGCGGCUUUCCCUUGAAAGGCUUGAAAUACUUGGUGAUGCUUUCCUUAAGUUUGCUGUUGGGCGACACUUCUUCCUUCGGCAUGGUAGCCUUGAUGAAGGGGGACUGACAAGGAAGCGUUCUAAUGUGGUAAACAAUUCCAAUUUAUUCAAGCUAGCCACGAGAAGCAACUUACAGGUAUACAUACGGGAUCAACCAUUUGAACCCUCUCAGUUCUUUGCUUUAGGCCGACCUUGCCCAAGAAUUUGUAACGAGGAGACAGAAGGAGCUAUUCAUUUUCAUGACUUAUCCGGUGAAGUAAAUCACACAAGUGCUAGUGAGGUCAGAUGCAGCAAGGGUCACCAUUGGUUAUAUAAGAAAACCAUUGCUGAUGUUGUUGAAGCCCUUGUUGGAGCAUUCGUAGUUGACAGUGGCUUUAUAGCUGCAACUGCAUUUCUUAAGUGGAUUGGCAUACAAGUAGACUUCGAACCAUCACAAGUUACUGAAGCAUGCAUAGCAAGCUCUAGAUACAUCCCACUUUCUGCUUGCAUGAACAUUGCUGCCCUUGAAAAUUUAUUAGGGUAUAAGUUUCUCCACAGAGGUCUGCUCUUACAGGCAUUUGUACAUCCUUCUUACAACAAGCAUGGAGGAGGCUGCUAUCAGAGAUUGGAGUUUCUUGGGGAUGCCGUCUUGGAUUACUUGAUCACCUCAUACCUGUAUUCAGUUUAUCCAAAGUUGAAGCCUGGUCAAUUAACGGAUUUGAGAUCAGUGUCUGUGAAUAAUAAAGCCUUUGCUAAUGUUGCAGUAGAUCGGUCCUUCCACAAGUUUCUAAUCAGUGAUUCCUCUAGCCUUUCAGAGGCGAUAGAAAGUUAUGUGGGCUUCAUUGAAACAGCUGCAUCAGAUAGAGGUCUGCUUGAUGGGCCCAAAUGUCCAAAGGCUCUGGGCGACUUGGUAGAGUCCUGUCUGGGCGCAAUUCUUCUUGAUACAGGGUUCAACUUGAAUCGUGUUUGGGAGAUAAUGCUAUCCUUUCUGAAACCAAUUAUGAGCUUUUCCAGCUUGCAACUUAGUCCUAUUAGGGAACUACGUGAACUUUGCCAAGCUCAUUCAUGGGGUCUUGAGUUUGUACCAACAAAAAUGGGUAAAAAGUAUUCAGUUUGUGCAACAGUGAAUGGGAAUAAUGUUUGUGUAUCUGCUUCUACGACCAGCUUGAACAAAAAGGAUGGAAUAAGAAUUUGUGCACAACUGAUUUUUGACAAGUUGAAGGCUCAAGGCAACAUACCUAUGACUAACUCAUUGGAGGAAGUCUUAAAGUCAAGCAGUGAGAUGGAAGCCAAACUUAUUGGAUAUGAUGAAACACCAAUAGAUGUUGUGCUUCUUGAUGCAAGUGGAUUUGAUAACCUAAAUGUACAAGAAGCUUCCCGCCGAAAUUUUAACUCCCAAGGGCAUCCUAUCAAUCAAGAGAGAAACGGUCACUUUUCCUGCAGAAAACCUGUACGACAAUCCCCAUCUUCAUCUGGAGCAGUCAAAAUGCGACCCAAUAAGACCAGGGAAAAUUCUAAGAAUGAUGCUAACUCGCAAUCCGGAGGUACACACACGGCAACAUCAAGAUCUCGUUUGUAUGAAGUUUGUGCCGCUAACUACUGGGAAACUCCCUUAUUUGAGUGCUGCAAUGAAGAAGGACCAAGCCACUUAAAAUCGUUCACCUACAAGGCUGUAGUAAAGAUAGAAGAAGAUCCAGAUACGCUGUUAGAGUGCUUCGGAGAACCUAAUAUGAAAAAGAAAGCAGCUGCAGAGAGUGCGGCAGAAGGGGCACUUUGGUACUUGAAAAACAGAGGAUUUAUGUAGGAGUGGCUAACCACAUCAUCUUUUAGCCCUUGAGAUCGGAGGAACUUUGCCUGAUGAACAAUCUUUUUUAUUUUUGUUUUUAGUUUUUUUAUGAUUUGUGGGUUGAACGCAAAAUAUAUGUUGACAGAUUGUAAUGUUUGUUUGCGUAUAAAAUGUAUGUAUAUGUAUUAAAAUGUUCUCUUGCCAGCCAAUGUGGCUUGUUAUAUUGUCAGAUUGUCAAUCUGAACCCUUAAUUACCAUUAAUUUACGUAAUUAAUGGUUCAGAUUGACAGUCUGACAAUAUAACGUGCCAAACUGUUUGGCAAUUGAGCAUUUUCAUACAUAUAUAUACAGAAUAUUGUCAUAUUUCCUUAUAUACAGCGAGACGAUAUUAUCGACUUAGUGUCCUUGUACUUAACACUCUCACAUGGAACUAGUAACAUAAUAGCAUUUCUCUUCUGUUUA